AUGAUGUACGUCGGUGGUGGCGGCGGUGUUGGCCUCGUGGUGGCUGCCUUGCUGCAUUUCGUGGCGGCAACACAAUCGCACGAUACUGCCGUCCUCCCAGUACUACUCAUACCUGGCUACGCGUCGACGCAACUGCAUGCAUGGCGCAGCGAACGGUGUAGUGGACUGGGGCACGAUGUCGCUGUCGGCGAUCGAGUAUGGAUCAAUCUGGCACACUUAAUCGGCCAGAAGGAAUGCUGGCUCAAGUGCAUGUCGCUCCGCUUGGAAGACCAAGGCGACGUCAGCUGCAAACUUCGAGCGGGCGAAGGCAUCUCGUCGAUCGCAGAGCUCGCACCUGGACUAGUCACGGGUCCUAUGAGCAUUGUGUGGCGAAAUGUGAUCGAAGCUCUCACCGACCACUUCGACCUCGGGCCACACCAGCUUAUGGUGGCAUCGUAUGACUGGCGUCUACCGCCGUCCAAGCUCCAAGAGCGAGAUCACUACUUCUACACGCUCCAGCAAAAAAUUGAAGAUGCCGUAGUACAAAACAAGAGCCCCGGCAUUGUCGUUCUCGCCCAUUCGCUCGGGAACAAUGUCUUUCGGUACUUUCUAGAGUGGCUGAGGCGGCAGUUCGACUCCCCGGCAGCGUACCAGACGUGGCUGGACUCGCAUAUUGCGUCGUACUUUGCCGUGGGCGCCCCCUUUCUUGGCAGUGCCGAAUCGAUCGAGUCGCUGACAUCGGGCAGUUCAGUCACGCUGCCACUGGGGAGAGAGUCGCUUCGCCAGCUCCAAGUGACAUUCGGAUCGAUGCAGUGGAUGCUUCCAUUUCCUCGCGCCCCAGACGACCCCAAAGCCAACGAAACCCUUAUCACCGUGCGAUUCCUCACCAAGGCAGAGGCAUACACGACCGAAAACUUUACCUUGGCCGACAUCACAAACGGCCGAUUCCACCGCGCGAUGCAGACAGCGGACCCACGAUUUCACGACUUGGCAUAUUUAUACGACCAGUAUUACACCAACGAUCCCGUCCUGAAUCCCCACUCGCCGUGGGAACGGCCGCCGAUCAAGUCAGUUUACAUUGUGUACGGGACGGGGUUGCCGGUGAGUCCAUUCCUUCGUUAUGAGCACUCUAGCUCGAUCGGUCGGUGGGAGUUGACGUCAGUUAUGGGGGAGGGGCCAGACCCCACCACGUGCUUCAAGACGGGGGACGGCACUGUCGGGUACGACUCGUUGUCGUGGGGCCACACUUGGCUCGGCCAAAAGGGAGACUCGAUCCGAGUGACUCGCAUCCCGCAAGCCCCAUUCUUCACCGACGACGACGUCUCGACCACCCAUUCGACCCGCCUCGAGUACAGUAGCUACACCCACGACCAACCUCAACACGGCGGGGUGUGUGUCGCCCCGUCGAAGCAGCCCCAGAACGCGACGUCCACCGGCGGCCGACGAGGGUUCCUUAGUGACAUGAUGUGGUCUGGCGAGCCCGACCCAAGUAUUACGUUUUACGAAUACACCGACACCCGAACGCAUACGAGCGUAUGGGAGCUAGAUCGAGUGCAGCACCGCGAGAUCCUGUCGCAUCCGGCGUUUUUGAGAGAACUCAAGCAUGAAUUACAGCAGGCGUUUGCGACGGGUCGGGCUCAUGCGUCCAAGAGCUUUCGACCACCUCAUCACGACUCGGAUUGCUACUGGAACUAUCUGGGGGCACAAUGUGCUUAUUCCGAGUAUUGCCAAUACGACUACAAGUUUGGCGAUGUCACACUCGACCAAUCUUGCCGCAUCAAAACAACAAACACGGGUGGCCCCACAGAGACGAACGACAGGGGACCACAAGAUGCCCACCAGGGAGUCUACCCCCCUACUGGACCGCAAUCUCUGAUGGGCGAGCCAUUGUUCAAGCACAUCCUCAGCGACUACACCAGCCAGUGCGGCACACACAAGGCCCACGAUCGAAUGGCGCCCUGA